CUCGCCUUCUCAAGUCGCCCAGCGUCUCGGUGCCUCUCGACUCUCGAUUCUCGUCACCCUCUUUAGAAGAAGGUAGGGCCCCUAUUUCGUGUCAGUCACAGCUGCUAACCGUUAUUGCCCGUGACUGCCGCUGCCUACUCUGCAUCGGGAACAGUAUCUUCGGCCGGAGCUGGCUACGGGGAGGGAUUUGUUCGGUUCGUUCGCCGACUUUUCUGCUCAAUCUUUCAUCAUUGGAUUAUUUAAGGGGUGUAUCAGAGAUGCAUCAUGAAAUGAAGGCACCUAAAAUUUGAGAUUCUCUGUACUGGGGUAAACGAAAAAGUCAAGCUGAGGCAGCUGCGGACGUUGGGAUUUCUGCAGUAGAAUCUAGCCUAAACAAGUUUGUAAAUGAUGGUCCCGAGAAGAAAAAAGAGGAAAAUAUCAUGAGAAGUGAAAUUAAGGAGCAACAUCCACAUACACUGGGCCUUGAGGUUUCUUCUUCUAUGCAAAAUGAAAAGGAUGGGAUGAGUGCAAACCAAUUGGCAGCUAAGGCUCUGUUGCUACGUUUAAAGGGAAAGCAUGAAGAAGCUGAUAAAUUAUUGCUGGAGCCAAGCAGUAUGAUCACAAAGCAGGCAGAUCAAUGUGACAUAAUCUGGCCAAUAACUGAAGGAAGUCCAAGCAGAUAUGCCAAGCAAAGCAUAUCGUUACAGCAGAAAAAAGGACAAGACGAUGCUGAUAAGCAUGUUGCUCACAAGAUUAUGCAGAAAAAGCGGUUUAAAAUGUUUAGUGACUCAGAUGAUGAGUAUGAGUUUGAAGAUGCUGAAAGCAGAAAGAGCCGGAAGAAGAGACAGUGAUGCUAAGCGUAUUACGACUCAACAAGAGAGAUGUUUCUUUUGCUUAGACAUUGCAAAUUGUCUCGUGCUUCACAUUAUUUCCAUUGCUAAUCACACGUAUCUAAUGUUGCCAAAGUGGCAGCCUUUGGUGGCGGGACAUUGUUGCAUAUUAAAGCGCCAUUUUCUUCUUUAAGCAGUAAAUGUCUCAAUACACAAUACUUCAAUACCUUUAAUAAUUACUUCUGUUUCAAUUUACUCGACGAUGACCGGGGCACAUUUUUUCUUUGU